AUGCAGGUCCACACCGAGGAUACUGCCAAUGACUGCAGAGAUUUCUUGUCAGAUCCUGAAACUGAUGAAGAUGCUGAAAUGGUGACUGUAAAUAAAGGAGCUGAAGAGGAAGAGCUUAUGUGGACAGAACACAGUAUACUGCUGAGUGCAGCUGCACCAACAAAGUUAAGAUACAAGGAGCUUGUAAAGACAGUCAAGGAGUUGAAAAAAAUAGUGAAAGUUAAGGAUGUUGAACUUCUGAAUAUGCCAGAAGACUUUGAGAGUAAAUGCCUGUCUUCUGCGUUCAACUGCUUCCAGAAUGCAAGCUUACACUUAGAGCCAGCAAACAGCCAAUCAUCUCGUAAUUUUGAAGUCAUGAUUACAAGGUUGAGGAGACCAGUUAUUACACACACCAUUACUGACAUGAAUUGUUCUCCAUGUGAAUCUUAUGCUAAAGAAGCCCCCAGACAAUUUUUGGACAGCUUUCUAUCACUGCUACAGGAGUUAGCCAAAGCAUUUGACUCUAUUUACUGCCGCAAUGAAGCAGUGAAGUUCACAAGAUGA